AUGGGGCGCGGGAAAGAACCUGAACCGCCGUGCAGCAAUCCAGUGGAGGCAAAGAAGCACCGAGAUGAGGCAGCGGGGCACUCUAAGAACGGAAACUACGAACGGGCCUUAACCUCCCUGGCCAAGUUACGUAACAACACUUCACCGCCUCGUGUGGAGCCCGAUAUGGACAACGGUGACACCGCGGAGGCCCAAAUCCGGUCCAUCCUCGGCCCCACCAAGGACGCUGAGUUCCUCCAGAGCUUCGUUCGCGUGGGCGUCGGCGAUGACGAGGACGAGCCCGCCCCGAAGGCGUCGAUCAGCAAGCGGGCGCCGGCCCCCGCGGAGAAGGUCGACAGCGCUGACGAAGACAAGCAGCCCAGAGAGAGGAGGGAGUCGGCGAGGCCGAAGAGGCACAGCUACCGCCGCCAGCCGAAGCGCGAGAGGAGACGGCGCGAAGAAGAGCUGUACACGGACAAAGACAGGGCGGCCGCCGUGGUCAUGGGCUACAAGGACAUCAAGCUGUCCCUCAACAUGAAGGACAAAGCGGAGAGGAGCAGCGCUCUUCAUCUGCCGGCUGAGGCGGACGCGAACGCCCUCCUAGCGCUGGCGAGGGCCGAGUUGACGAGGGAACGGUACCGCACCGCACUUUCGUUCGUCGAUAAGGCUAUAGAACUUGCUCCAGAGGAGAAGGCGGCGUACGUUGCGCGCAGCAAAUGCUACCUGCUGCUAGGCGAACCGCAGGCGGCCUUGGCCGACGCAGAAACAGCGCUCAAACUGGACCCCAAACACGCGAGGGCCCUGCUGCAGAAAGCCGAGGCGUUAUACUACUGCGGCGAGUUCGAAAUGAGUCUAGUGCAUUAUCACCGCGGCUUAAGGUCCCGGCCCGACUUGAGUGACUUCAGGCUCGGUGUUCAAAAGGCUCAGGAAGCAAUCGAAAACACCAUCGGAGCUGCUAAAGCCACAAAGAAGACAAAUAAACGCAAAAGCGAAAAACCGUCGAGACCAGUAUUAGGACAGUUAAUGUCCGAUAAAAUAUACCUUGAGAAUCUGCUCAAGAAUCCGGAUCUCGCUAUCGCCGAUAAGAAGAACGAUGUUGUAAUGAAACAGGCUGGAGAGGCAAUAAGGUUUUUGGAAAACAGAGAAGAAUUCUGGCGUCAGCAACAGACCGCAAAGAAAAAG